AUGCCAAGAAGAAAAAAUUGGAGGGUAGCAGAGGCUAAACGUGGUGUGAAAAACCCACAGCAACAGAGACUGACAGACUUGACUGGGGAUACUGGCCCCAUAAACAGUACUAGAAUUGACCUUGACCUGGGUGAUACUGACACCCUCAACAACAGUUACUCAAAAAAUAUGGGGGAUGCUGACCUCCACACAAAUAUAAACAACAGUAACUCAAAUAACAUGGGGGAUACUGACCUCCACUCAAAUAUAAACAACAGUAACUUGAAACUACUUGAAAAAUCUGAAUUGAAUAAACUUGAAAUAUCUGAACCACAUAUACUUGAAAUAUCAGAAUUAAAUGAACUUGAAAUAUCUGAAUUAGAUAAACUUGAACUAUCUGAGUUGAAUCAAAACAGUAACAAUAACUGUGCAAAAGAAUUGAAUCAAAACAGUAACAAUAACUGUGCAAAGGAAUUGAAUCAAAACAGUAACAACAACUGUGCAAAAGAAUUGAAACAAAACAGUAACAAUAACUGUGCAAAAGAAUUGAAUCAAAACAGUAACAAUAACUGUGCAAAAGAAACUUAUCAUAUACAAACAGAUUUUCUGUUAAAUGAAUUUAACAAUAGUUAUGCAAGAAAAGAUUAUCAUAGUAAUAUCCAAACUGAUCUGUUGCAAGACCAAAAUGAACAACCUAGAAAUAAUUCAGAAGAGGUGCUAUCAAAAUUUGUCAAUUCUUCUAAUGCAAACUUUAUUAAAUUUGGAACUUUUGACCAAAAGACUGAAGCGGAUAGAAAGAAGUCUCAAAGAAAUAAUUCUGAUUUAAGACAGAUAGAAAGACAAAGAGAACUUGUUGCUAAAAGAGAUGCUAGAAAGAAUAAAUAUUUCAAUCAAAGAGAACUUGCUACUAAAAGAGAGGCUAGAAAGAAUGAAGAUUUCAAUAAAAGAGAACUUGCUGCUAAAAGAGAAGUAAGAAAGGAUACAAAUUAUAGAAGGACUGAAGCUGAAAGUAAAAAGUCUCAAAGAAAUAAUUCUGAUUUAAGACAGAUAGAAAGACAAAGAGAACUUGUUGCUAAAAGAGAUGCUAGAAAGAAUAAAGAUUUCAAUCAAAGAGAACUUGCUGCUAAAAGAGAGGCUAGAAAGAAUGAAGAUUUCAAUAAAAGAGAACUUGCUGCUAAAAGAGAAGUAAGAAAGGAUACAAAUUAUAGAAGAGCUGAAGCUGAAAGUAAAAAGUCUCAUAGAGAUAAUUCUGAUUUAAGACAGAUAGAAAGACAAAGAGAACUUGUUGCUAAAAGAGAUGCUAGAAAGAAUGAAGAUUUCAUUCAAAGAGAACUUGCUGCUAAAAGAGAUGCUAGAAAGAAUGAAGAUUUCAAUCAAAGAGAACUUGCUGCUAAAAGAGAGGCUAGAAAGAAUGAUGUUUUCAAAAGAAAUGAAACAGAAAAGAAAAAAAUUGCCAGACAAGAUGAAGACUACAGAAAACAUGAGUCCGAACGGGACUCUCAUAGAAAACAAGAAUAUAGAUCACAUCCGGAAAAUAUAGAACAUGAGCGAUUGAAAAAACAGAGUUCUAGACAGAACAAAUUAGAUAUAGACAGAUGUUAUGAUAAGACAAUUAAAAGUACUAAAAGAAAAAAACAUUGA